UGUUUGAUCAAUGUUUUCAUUUUAGCCUACUUCUCCUUUCAAUAUAACAUCUUCCUUCUCCUCUCAUUUCUUUGCUUCUCCUUUUGUCGAAAAAAUAUGGAAUCAGGCAGAGCUCAUGGAAAGAGUACCUUGGUGAAGUACGAGGAAGAGGAAGAGGAGGAGGAGGAGGAAGAAGAAGAAGAAGAGAGUAGGAGUGGGACACCAUCAAUAGUGGAUGGUGAGGAUGAGAGGAGAGAUACAGUGAUGAUGAUGAAUAGUACUGCUCCUUCUCCUACAGGGAGAAGAUCUGGUGCAGGAGGGUCUACAGCAGGGCCAUGUUGUAAGGUAGAUAGUUGCAAUGCUGAUUUGAGCGAUUUAAAGCAAUACUACCGCCGCCACAAGGUCUGUGAUGUUCAUGCCAAGGCUCCGGCGGUGCUCAUGGGUGGAUUCCGGCAGCGUUUUUGCCAGCAGUGUAGCAGGUUUCACUGCCUAUCGGAGUUUGAUGACCGUAAAAGGAGUUGUCGCCGGCGAUUAGCUGGACACAAUGAGCGGCGUCGGAAAACCUCCCUACAAUAACAUGGACAUGGAGGUGGCAUUUCUAAUUAAUUUAUUAGUUUCCACCCGGCAUAUGAUAAGCUCUCUCUCUUCUGUCAACCCUCAGCCUUCAUUAUACGUAUGCAACUAUGCACAUCACUACUUUUAUCAUACAUUAUCAAUUUAUCAUGGUAUUUUUUGUCCUAAGAUCUCUCUUAUUAUUAUUUUAUGAAUAACAUAUACAUGAA